UGUGCAGGCUCUGUGUCCUCCACGUUGACUAUCCAUGAGAGAGGAGCAACAAGCAACGACCGUGAAGAUGCUGAGUCGACUGAUGAGCAGCAGCAUCAGGAGUCUGGACAGGGAAUGCAAUUGCACUGUGAGGCUGCUGGACGACUCGGAGUACACCUGCACGAUUCAGCGGGAUGCCAAGGGACAAUACCUGUUUGACCUCAUCUGCCACCAUCUCAACCUGCUGGAGAAAGACUACUUUGGCAUUAGAUAUGUUGACCCAGAUAAGCAGAGGCAUUGGUUGGAGUUUACAAAGUCAAUUGCCAAACAAAUUAAAUCCCAGCCUCCAUUCACCAUGUGUUUGCGUGUCAAGUUUUACCCGCCAGACCCCGCAGCCCUAAAAGAGGAAAUCACCAGAUAUCUCGUCUUCCUGCAGGUUAAGAGGGAUCUCUACCAUGGUCGCCUUCUGUGCAAGACAUCAGAUGCUGCUCUGUUGGCUGCCUACAUAUUACAAGCUGAAAUUGGUGACCACGACCCCGGGAAACACCCAGAGGGCUACAGCUCCAAGUUCCAGUUCUUCCCCAAGCACUCAGAGAAGUUGGAGCGGCGGAUUGCUGACAUCCACAAGACUGAGCUAAUAGGUCAGAGUCCUGAAACGUCAGAGCUCAACUUCCUCCACAAGGCUCAGAUGCUGGAGACGUAUGGAGUGGACCCUCAUCCAUGCAAGGAUGUGUCUGGCAACCCAGCUUUUCUGGCCUUUACUCCUUUUGGAUUCACUGUGCUGCAAGGAAACAGGAGGAUCCAUUUACUGAAAUGGGAGGAGGUGACCAAACUCAAGUUUGAAGCAAAGACAUUCCAUAUAUAUGCAAAUCAGAGGGAGGAUAGGAAGAUCAUACUGACAUACUUUGCACCUACACCUGAGGCCUGUAAGCAUCUGUGGAAGUGCGGAGUGGAGAAUCAAGCCUUCUACAAAUUGGAAAAGUCGAGUCAAGUCCGCACUGUGUCCAGUAGUAAUCUCUUCUUUAAGGGUAGUCGCUUUAGAUACAGUGGAAAGGUUGCAAAAGAGGUCAUGGAACAAAGUGCCAAAAUUAAGAGAGACCCCCCUGAGAUACACAGAGCUGGCAUGGUGCCAAGCAGGAGCUGUCCAUCCAUCACCCACGGCCCUCGUUUGACCAGUGUACCCAGGACCAGACGGAGAGCUGUGCACAUCUCCAUCAUGGAGGGUCUGGAGUCCCUUCGAGACAGCGCCCACUCCACACCUGUGCGAUCCGUCUCCCACGGCGAUUCCUUCAUGUCUUCUCGGGGCCACAUGAUGGACGGCAACGAGGCAAGCACGUCAGCAGUCAUCUCAGACGAGGCCUACAGCCCCUCCGACAGCGUGCUGCCCACACCUGUGGCCGAACACGGGAUGGAGAUGCCUUUGCCUCGUCACCUUAACGGUGCCGCCUGCAGCAACAACGAGAAGGAGUCCGAGGCAGGCACGUCGAAGGAUGGCCACGCAGCGGAGUUUUCUUCCGGCAGGAGGGCACUGCGUAUCGUCAGGGGCAGGUCAUCGCCACCGAGCGACGUGGAGGAGCUGAACAAGUUCAUCCUGAGCGUGUUGCGUCUGUUCCUGGUUACCAUUGGACUGCUGUUCGCCCUGCUGCUGCUCCUAAUCAUGCUGACAGAGUCAGACCUGGACAUUGCCUUCCUGAGAGACAUCCGCAAGACACCUGAAUUCCAGCAGUUCCACUUUGAAUACUUCUGCCCUCUGCGGCGCUGGUUUGCCUGUAAGUUACGGUGGAUGGGAGGUUUCCUCAUCAGCAACUGAUGCAGAGACUGAAUGACACAACACAGGCUUCUACUGAUGAAUAUGGGACACAUACUUUACAACAGAGAGGGUGGGAGGAGGAGAGAUGGCAGCCCUAUUCCUAAUAUCAACUCUGCUUUUCCCAAGAAUGAGUUCCUGUCCCAAGCCACGGACUUUCCCCUGAAGAGCCUUGUUUAUUAUGUUUGACCAUCACUGCGAGCAAAGGAAAUCACAUUUUACUUUGGAAAUUCAGGUCAUUUCAAGACAUUUUAUUUUUACACAAAGCCACAGCAUCAGGGUUAAAUUCAAACACUGAAAGGGACAAGCAAGUCUGACAGACUUCACUUAGUUUACCACAGAUGAUAGUUGCCUUUAUUUUUGUAUUAAUUGAUAUGUUGCAACAUUAUUGUAAGACAGAAUGACCCGAUGUGUUGGGGGGGUGUUGUGAAACCUGAGAGUUUGAGUUGAAGUUUUGAACGAAGAUGAGAGCCAGUCUAGCUCAUCUACUUUUCAUAUUUCAAAGCCAACAUCAACAUUCAUGAUCAAAUGUUAUUAUGGUCACGGCGAUGAGAUUUAAAACCGCUGUUUUGAAUUGUACUAGUAUCUGUAUCUGGGGGUUGGAGGAAGUGCGAAAUGGAAAACUAAGCAGCACUUACCGAAUGUAGAUCAGUCCUCCGGAGUCAAAUAAUAUUUGCAAAUAGAGCUGGGUGAUUUUUUUCCCUAAAAAAAUGAGAUUUUUUUUAUAAAAAAAAAAAACUUGAUUUACAAUUUGAUUUUUCCCUCCCUUCCAUGUAAAACUAAAUAACUGCGAACUGUAAAUAUAUUUUAAAAA